AUGAAUUUAUUUAAAGGAAAAGUUAAGUGUAGCAUUUGUGAUAUUGAUGUAGUUGUCACUGAAAUUAACGAACAUGAAGAUUAUUGUGGAUCAAGAACAGAAAAAUGUUUGUCUUGUGAAAAAUAUGUUAUGCUUAAAUAUAAAACACAACAUAUAACUUCUAAUCAUGUAUUUUUUAAAAUAACUGAUGAUCUCAAAGAAGUUUAG